UCAGUCUGAUGUUGGUGGUUGAGAGGGUGAUUGUUGACGUCUCCUCCUGGGCUCUCUCGCUCUUUAUUUGACUUUUAGAUCAAGGAACAACUUGACCUGCGCGGGUUGAUCAUCAAACUUGUCAACUUUGGUGUCUGUGAGUCAGGAGGACGACCGCCGCCCCCUGGAACAAAGUUUUACGUGUUUCAAGUUAAGCCAUCCAGUAAAUGCAACUACUAAAGGGAAUGACGAGGACGUGAAAGUGGGAUCGUGAGCCAUGGUGUAUAUAGGAGGUGGGAGAUUGUGGUGUGCGGGGUGGGUGGCAUUUUUCACACUCCAGCUGAUAUUACCCGCCCACACCCAGUUGGCUCACAACCCUCCACACACCCGAGCCUGGAACCAGGAGGACGACGGUCUGACACGGCGCCACCAAGCCGGUGGGACACCAACAGAGACAUCCCCUCGCAGAGCCUGGUGGGAAGAUUUGUCUGGGCGUCGCCAGACCCACCCCUCACCCACCACUACCCGCAACCCUGCCAGGGAUGGCCACCGUGGCUCUGAUCGCCAGAACACUGCCGGGCACGUCACUCAACAUGGUCGCCAAGAUGUAGUGAGCAAUGACUCUUUGCACCUAGAUCAUCAGGCAUCAAGACAGACUGUAAGGCGCCAACACAUAUCCCAACGACAGCAACAUCAUCAGCAACAACAACAACAACAACAACAACAUAACUUAGGCACACCACGCCGGGAGCAGCGACAGCCACAGCGUCGACUGGAACAUUAUCUCGCACAUCGCAGCCAUUCAUCCACAAGACGUCAACCAUUGUACCCCCAGCGUCCUGAUGUAACACGGCAACAUGAGGCUCACCAUGACCAUGGCCACACAGCACCACAACGUCGAACUGUAGACCACACGACUUCUGUUAGUAGUCACACAACACCCUCACGCCAACAUACCAACACAGCUUCUACACAGCAUCAUAAGAACAGCAUCCCACGGCAUCACACAAGUUCCCCUAAUAGUGAGCGUCGUCCCCAUCACGUUGAAGAAAAGGAGGAGAAAAAAACACCCACCACAACGGAGCAGGAACAGGGAGGAAGUGGUAAUGAGAGGCGGCAAAAGAAACUGUUCACUGCCCACCGCCCAUCACGCUCCUCAGGUGGUCGUCAACGUCCACCAAACAUUGUGUUGAUCAUGACAGAUGAUCAGGAUGUUGAACUGGGGUCCCUGAACUACAUGCCAUCCUUGAUGUAUCAGAUGAAGGAGCAAGGUGCCCACUUCCCCAAUGCUUACUGCUCAACUCCCAUCUGCUGCCCUUCACGCUCCUCCAUGCUCACAGGUCUCUACAUCCACAACCACGAGGUGUACACUAACAACCACAACUGCUCAUCCCGUCAGUGGCAAGAGACUCAUGAACGCAGGAGCUUUGCCACCUACCUCAGGGCUGCUGGCUACAGGACAGGUUAUUUUGGAAAGUAUCUCAACAAAUACAAUGGCUCCCACAUCCCAGCUGGGUGGCAAGAAUGGGCGGGGCUCAUCAAAAACUCUCGCUACUACAACUACACCAUUCAACGCAAUGGUCACUUUGUCAAGUAUGGUGACCAGUACCCUAAGGAUUACUACCCACAUGUGAUCACUAAUGAGGGCAUUCAGUUCUUAGAGAAAAAUAGGGCCUUGGACCCCUCACCACCAAUGUUAACUGUAUUGAGUUAUCCAGCACCCCAUGGACCAGAGGACUCGGCCCCUGAGCAUGCCCACCGCUUUUUCAACGCUACUGAUCACAAUACGAUGGCCUACAACUACGCUCCCAACCCAGACAAGCAAUGGCUGCUGCAGUUCAUUGGCCGCAUGCAUGACAUUGAACUUAAGUUUACUGAUCUGCUCAUGACUAAGCGACUUCAAACACUUCAAACUGUGGAUGAAGCAGUAGAGAAGGUAAUCAACACACUAGAUGCUCUUGGCGAACUGAACAACACAUACAUCUUCUAUACGAGCGACCAUGGCUACCACCUGGGCCAGUUCGGACUUGUCAAAGGCAAAUCUAUGCCUUUUGAGUUUGACAUUAAAGUUCCCUUCCUGGUGAGAGGUCCAGGCAUUAGACCAGGAACACAAAUUGAUAAAAUUGCUUUGAAUGUUGACCUGGCACCCACAUUCCUAGAAAUUGCAGGGAUUAAACCUCCACCUCACAUGGACGGUCGCUCACUCCUCCCCUUGCUCACUGGCAGUGGCUCGGAGACUUUUCCUUGGAGAGAUAACUUCUUGGUGGAAAGUGCAGGGCGUCACCGUGAGGAAGAUGCACUUAAGUUACGUCAAGAGCGUAGGCAGCACCGGGCACAGGGUCACAUUGGUACGGGAUCAAAGGGUGGCCUUUACACUUCAAAGCGUGAACGACUGGAGAUUAUAUGCCAGAGUGAGGAAUACCGCUCACCCUGCAAGCCAGAGCAGAAGUGGGAGUGUGUACGUGAUGAAUACAGUAGGUGGAGGCUCCAUAAGUGCCGCAAGAGCAAGGUGGGGGGGCCUAGUAGGACAAAGUGGCGGCAGCGCAAGUGUGUGUGUGAGCCCGAUCUAGGGAUGGGCUACCUCGUCAAGCUAGACUCAGCAGAAAGACGAAAGCAGAGGACAUUCCUGAAGAAACACACCACUCAAAAUCUGAGAAAUUAUGGCACCAAGUUCAUCAAAGUCUUCAGUGACGUGGACAGUAGGGAGAUACUGGAGCAGAGUAUUGGAUUGCGAGUACAACGCAAUUCACUAUUUUCACACUCACGUAGAAUCAGAUCCAGAAGGAGCACCAAUUUAGACUUGCCUCUGGAAGACAGCAACCCAGUAUAUGAAGAAGAUAUUGAUGAAGACAACGUUGACACCUUUGUUACUGAGGAAGAGAUAAGGGACCUUGACGUGACUAUUAACACCUUAUCAGAUGAACUAGAGAAUUUAGAGAGUGUGAGCAGCACUGCAGCGACCUCUGUGGCUGGUGGAAACAUGUCUGUUCUGGCUACUUCCCCAACUAAUGCGACUCCAGCAGAUGUUCGUCAUGGAUGCAGAGUUACAGGCACUUCUGUUGGUUGCACUGAUGAUGUUUACCGUGACCCUCAUGCUUGGAAACUGAGCAAAGUUGCUAUCAAUCAGCAGAUCCGUCGGCUUCGCCACCAGCUCACUGUUAUGAAGAACAUCAAAAAACAUCUUCAGGAUUCCCGACCAGAUUCUGUGGCAGAAUCAGAGGACUAUGAAGAAUAUGAUGAAACUGAAUCAUCUGGUGACUUUAAUAUGAUAAUGGGGGAAAGUGACUUAUUGGAACCAAAUGAUGAAGAUGGCACAUCAACAACUGAAGGCUCUGACAGUUUUCAAGACCUCUAUGGCACCCAGGACACAAAUAACGGCUAUGAUGAUAGUAUGUUUAAUUCAAGUGAACACGACAGUGCAGACUAUGAAGUAGGACACAGUGGUGAUGAUGAUGAUGAAGAUGGACCCCAGGGAGGAGAGGACAGUGAUGAUGAGGGGGUCAUUAUUAUAGGAAAUGAUUAUGAUGUUGGAGGUGAGGUACACCAGCAUGGGCACCACGACGAUGUUGACGGAAAUGAGGAAGACCGAACGCUCUUGGAGGACUCUCAGCCCGAGUUACCACAUAUUUUAAAAAUUCCUGGGAAAAAUGGUCAACAAGGUAGCAAACAAUUCCAACUAUUUCCUGUUCGGGAGUCAAGCUCACACCAGCGUCCUCCAACCAUCAUCAAUGAAACUUCAGCAAGAGCAAGAUGUUGGUGUGAUAAAAGCUUCAGAUUACAAAUUAAGCAAGCAGAGCGACAGAAGAAGAGAGAGGAGCGACUCAGGUUGCGAUUGGAGCGGCAGCGGGUGAAACAAGAACGUAGACAGCAAAAGGAAAAGAAGAAGUUGAGGAAGUUGAAAAACAAUCUGGCACAGUGUAACUACACAAUGCUCAAUUGCUACACUCAUGACAAUGACCACUGGCGUACACCUCCACUUUGGCACGAUGGAAAGUUCUGUUUCUGCAUGAAUGCUGCCAACAAUACGUACUGGUGUGUGCGCACCAUCAAUGAGACCCACAACUUCCUCUACUGUGAGUUUGUCACUGGUCUCGUCACUUACUAUGACCUCAAUAUUGAUCCAUAUCAGCUCCGAAAUGUGGCAUUCACACUCACCAAUAAACGGCUGGCAGAGCUUCAUCAUCGUCUGGAAACUUUACGGACGUGUUCUGGGGCUGUCCAGUGUGAUGAUCUACCACACUCACAGGUUAACAGAAACAGCAGGAAGUAUAAUGAACAAGAUGAAAUUUAUAGUGAAACAGAUGAGUUAAGUAACAGAGUUAAUAUUUUAGUUGAUUCACAACCUAAUAAAAAUCAAAUUCAUCAACGAGAAGAACGUCGUAGACUCCGUGAAGACCGGUUCAGACAGCGGGAAGAGCGACGCAGAAUACGUAAAGAAGAAAAAAAAUGGAGACGAAACCAGUUAUAUGAAUCUAAAGGUAGACACAUUCUAGGCACAGUAGGUUCAGAGAGGCGUGUUGUGCGCCUGCCAAGGAAGAGUCGUGUUCAGGAAAGAAAACGGCUAAAAAAGGAAAGAAGAAGGGAGAAGCGUAGAGAACGUAAAAGGAGGAAGAAAUCUAAGAAUGACAGGAUGCCAUUAAGUGGAUAGCCAAUAUUAGGCCACCUAAUGUAUUCCAAAUAACCAUCUCAAGGUGGCAGUGGCCAUAGUAAUUUUACAUUUGUAAGUAUUUCAAAUGUCCUUCUCUGACACAAAUUAUUUGCAACAACGAAUUCUAGUAGAUUAGAAUGAUUUAGUAUUUGUAUAUUGUAGAAACUUUUAGCUCCCAAUUCUAGCAAGUCAAUUUGAGGUAAAUAAUUACCUUUAUAUUUGUGUCUCUGGAACACCACAUGUCAGUUGUUAAGACUUGUGAUACCCCAUCAAAAAGAUACAAUCUUGAUCUAGGAAGGACUAUGAGGAUGUCACUAUUUCUGGUGUACAUAGAGCUAGUCACUGUCAUGAUACGGCCCCAUACUAGCUCAUCUUGUUGCUAGAAUUGUCAAAGCUAGUCAUUGUUAUGCCAAGGCCCCAUGACUAGCUAACCUUCUUGCCUAACAGUUGUCACUGGGAGAUAACAUUAAGAAACUUGCAUUUGUUUUAUAUACAAGCACUCACAACUUUUAGCAGUUUUGUUGUUGGGGUAAUCUGGAAAUUAUUUUUUUAACUUGAUUUGCAUAUAAGGUUACUAAAGCUUUAGAUACAUUUGAUGUGCUGACUGUGAGACAUCAGAUUAAGUGCACAUUGUGAACCUCUUUAUAAACCAUAUUUUAGUAUGUACUGUACUUGGAUAUUGUGUGCUAGUUUGCAAAGUAUAUGCCCAGUAAUAUUGAUGAUAGUAUGAAUGAUAAAAGGAACAGUUAUAAUCAUUGACAAUAAUGGUGAUAGUACAGUAUAAAUAAAGAAUAGUUCAAACUUCAGAACAUGUUCACUUUUACAGUACAGUAUUGUGUAACAGUAAAGUUCAUCAAAACAUGAGGCUCAUUUGAAUUAUUUUAAAUGAUCUGACUCAGUGUAGUACUUGCUUAAUAUACUCAUGUGAUGUGUUCAUAGCAUUUAUACAGUAUGUGUGUCCAGAGUAUAGUUGGCCUGAGACAACAAUUAAUUAUGUGUACAGUAUAUGUGUUGGAAUGAGACAACAAUUAUUUGUUUAUGUGCUGGUUGAACAUGACAACAAAUAUUUUAAUGUUUAUGUGCUAGUUGGACUUAGAAGACUUAUUUCUUGUUUAUUUAAUACUUGGUAGGACCAAAGAUGAUAUAACAUUAAGUUGGGUCACACAUUAUUGCUCAGUACAACUUCUAGUAUUGCUACUCUGUGUCCAAUGUAUAAAUGACAUCAAGUACUUUAUCAUAUGUAGCAGCACGACUGACCUGCACAAUUUAGUAUCAAAAUAUAUUGCUACAUAAUUAGAUGAAGUUCUGGACACAGGCCUUCUUCCAAAAGAGACACAAGUAAUUGUCACUGUUAGCCAAUUACAGUACAGUAUGUGUAAGAAUCAAUUAUUCUUGAUUCCUCCAAAAAGUGUCCUAAAUGUUGUUUUUUGUUUUUUCAAAGGAGAGGGGUUAGAAUGUCAGUGGCACACUUGCCUCUUACUGCUAUGAUAUGGAUUAAAUCCCAGGUCAGAUGUGACAAGGGUGUCAUAUGUAACCUUACUGAACAUUACAGGCUUUCUCCAGGUAAUCUAGUUUCCUUCUUACAAACACAGCACCAAUAAAGGACAAACUCACCAGGAACAAUUGAGGGAUUAAACUAGCCACUGGCUCCUCCCAUUAGAAAGGUAAAUUACCAUUCUGGAGCAAGGAUGACACAUUGAAUCUUCCAUAAUACUAAUGGUAGCAUACUAAAAAUCCUUUUUAGGUCUAUCAAUCCCUGGUUUGGUUUAAACCAUGCUCCAACCUUCCAAGCAUGAGUACAGUAUAAAGUAAGAUAAUUAAAUUUUUUUUAUUUUAUAUAAUGAAAUGUUGAAGGUUUUAUAUGUUUAACCCUUAUCCCCCAGGCAUAUCCCCACCCCCCCUCAUGUGGGCAUGUGGAUGUUUUUCUCCAUGCACAAUUCCAUGAUAAUAACAUGCAGUGAUGAUCAGGGAACAACUUCCCUACCUCUAUCACCCUCUGAAUUGUGAGACGGAGAAGUUCUGUUCACAUGUCCACUCUGUGACUUAGAACAAAGGUUGGGAACACCAUACAAUUUAAUAAAUGUCAUGGCGGAAAUCGCCUACGUUACUGUUAAUAGAUAUGGACUGCAGUUUAAGGGUUAAGAUAAUGAUAGUGACAAUCCACAAGCUCUCUUUGUAAUGGUCAUAUUACCAUUAUAUUUACUAUUUGGUGACUAUAAUAUUAUGUAACAAUCAUAUACCCUGUUCAAACAGAUACUUGCAAAACAACCGUAUUACACCAAAAAUUGUCGGAAAUCUAAAAUUAAUAUAAAGAUUAACUCACAGCUUACUGCACCUGGGUGCUGUUUUGCUUUAUUAAUAUAAAUGGUACAUUAUCAAGAUUUUUUGUUAUUUUAGCACAGAUUGCAUUCAGUGAUAAUAUUUUGAAAUAUCUAUGAGGACAUAACAUCCAAAACAUGUGUAAUUUUCUUUUCUUUUUUUCCUGAAGGAAAUUGUCAUGAUCAGUAGAGAUUUAACACUUGAUAAAAAUGUAUCUGGCGGAAUUAUUUUAAAUGUAUCAUUGUAAAUAACCGGCGUACUGUACAAGAAUUUUCCAUCACAAAAUGAUCCACAAUAUAUUGGAAAAGAGCCAUGUCAUGGAAUAUGGAGAAUGUAUCUUUUUUUUUAUACAUACCAUAGGAAAAAAGCAUGCAUGUCACAUGUGGAUCUGUCAAAAUACACCAAAACUGGGGAAUGAAAAGGCCUAAGUAACAAUUUUAUUUUUAUUAUCUCAAUAUAAGUCAUACAUUAAGAACAUUUUCUUUAAUUCAUUUGCAAGGCAUUCUUCAAGUACAGAAUCUUGUUAGCAUAGGUUGACUUCCAGACAAGGAAAACUAUCCAUAUUAAGUGAGUGUGGUAAAUAUUUUGACGUUUGCCAGUUUACCACCACAAUUGUGCAAAUUAUUUGACAUUGAUCACAUGACAUAUUGUUAUAUCAUCUUUGAUUUGACAGUUGAUUGUUAUGAAAUAACUGUUAGAUUAGUUAGCUGAAUGAUUCAUUCAAAAGUUUUAUUAUUCACAUUUCAUUCAUACUUAUCAGUAGAAACAAAUUUUAUUUUUAGUUGAUAUAAUUCACAUCACCCACCUGUGCUUUCAUGCCACAAUGUAACCCUUCAUCAUGCAGUAGCCGCAGACAAUUACCACAAAUUUACAUUUGUUUGUCCAUCUUUAUAAGUGCUGAGAUGCCAUUUCCUAUUAAUACAAGAGAUUACUAAUGCAAAAUCUUUGCCAAACACUAACCAUCACAACUUUGGUGGAAUGCAGUGGUCAAGGGUUAUUUUUAUUUCAUACAUCAACUUUGGCGUUGUAGUGAAAACAAGUUGUUGGAACUGUUGACUUUUCACAGCAGUAUUGUAUUGAGAAAAGGUUUUAAUGACCCCAAAUAUUUUUUUAUAUAUUUAUGUGCCAUGUCUUUAUUGCUUUAUUUUAGAAAGCUAUAAGAAAGGGAUUAAUGUAUGUGCUAGUGUUUUUUGUGAUUUUUAUUGCUCUCUAAUUUUGUGAUCAGAUGGUGUUUCAAAGGUACCUCAACAUUUGUAAAUACUUGUAUUUACAAGCAGAAUAAUAUUAAUUAAAGAGUAAAUGGUCUUAUUGCAGGAAGAGGCAAUUGUUAAGUAUUAAGAGAAUUUCUAGUAUGUUUCAAUGUUUUAUAAUGAAUGAGAAUAACUUGGACAAUAAAAAUCAGCAAAUUAC